UGGAGCAUGCUUGGACCUCCCUGUUGCCGCUGCUGCAGCUGGGCUUGUCAAAGCUCCGCAAGUGUCGAUCGAGUGUGAGUGCGCGUGCGCGUACGCAUGUGUGAUGUGGGUUCGGCGUCGCCCGGCCUGUCCCCUCGCCCCUUCUUCCUCCUCAAAUAUUCUCAACCCCUCAACCAAUUCAUUCCCCUCACUCAUUCCUUCCUUCCUCCCUCACCUCUCCUCAACUCCUCUCCUACCCAAGCACACGCGUGCAUGCACCUCCGCGACACCUCGCCAGAAUUGAGCAACCUUGGCACGAGAGCGAGCUGAUUAAAGUCGGUGCCUCCCAAAGCAAGCGCGCGGUGAAGCUUGCUCGCGGAUUCUUUGGCGAAACUUGUAGAAACCAUUGGCGCGCGCGGCUGAUACUACUGCCCUGCCGGUUGUGCUAGCGCGCUGCACGUUAGGCAUGGCGCAGGAGGAGGUCCACGACGCAGGCCUGGCGCUGGGCCUGUCCCUCGGCGGCGGUGGAGGCGACUCGUCAACGGCCGCCCACCGCAGCGGCAGCAGCCGGGCGGCACGGUGGGAGGCGCCCUCGAUGGAGCCGUCGCUGACGCUCAGCAUGCCGGACGACACGACCACCGUCACCGCGACCGCCACCGCCUCCGGCGGCGGCGGUCACAGCGUGUCGUCGCUGUCAGUGGGGGUGAAGAGGGAGCGCCUGGAGGACGCGGCCGACCUGGGCGAGAUGGUGUCGUCCACGGCGGCGGCGGAGGACGACGACGACGGCAGCACGCGGAAGAAGCUGAGGCUCACCAAGGAGCAGUCCGCGCUCCUGGAGGACCGCUUCAAGGAGCACAGCACCCUCAACCCGAAGCAGAAAGUCGCUUUAGCCAAGCAGCUCAACCUCAGGCCAAGGCAGGUGGAGGUUUGGUUCCAAAACAGAAGAGCAAGAACCAAGCUGAAGCAGACGGAGGUGGACUGCGAGUUCCUCAAGCGCUGCUGCGAGACGCUCACCGAGGAGAACCGCCGCCUGCAGCGCGAGCUGCAGGAGCUCCGCGCCCUCAAGUUCGCCCCGCCGCCGCCCACCAACGCCAGCAACUCCGGGCCGCCACCGUCCUCUGCGGCGUCGCCGUUCUACAUGCAGCUGCCGGCGGCCACGCUGACCAUCUGCCCGUCCUGCGAGCGCGCCACCGCCGCCGGCAAGGUCGACCCGGACAGACCCAAGGCCACCCACCACUUCUUCAACCCCUUCACCCACUCCGCCGCCUGCUGACCUUCGCUCCAUCGAUCGCACCCCUGCUACUGUAGCUAGCUUGCUUAGCUACGAGCAGUAGUAGCUAGUCGCCAUAACUAAUACCUCACCUCGCAAGCAACAUACGAUCCUGCAAGGACAUGGACAUGAUCCUCCUACUUUUGCUCUUUCUUGGUCUGGGGGUUUAGUUCCGAAUCUUCCAUCCAUUUAGCUAAUCCAUCAAUCAUAGACUCAAAUCCAUACACAGAUAGGUAGUCAAACAGCCGUAGCUAGCUACUACUCAAACCGGCCAUGGCCGUUGUAUAUUCUUGUGCAUGCAUGUAACCGUGGACCUCUCCUUUCCAGUUAGCUUCUCUGCCUUUUUGUUUCAAAAGCUAAUUAUCGGAGGAGAGGGAGACCAUUAGAUUAAGCCGCCGCGCGCUAGCUGUGCCGUGGUGAAUUCCUACUUUCCUAGUAGUGCAAGACACAGUGUUAAUUGGAUGUGAUGACAUGAGAGAGGCAGGGAGAGCCUUCCUGUCGGGUGCGUACGUGUGUAAUUUGUAUACCUUUCUAACUUUUCUGUAUGCAUAUACGUCUCAAUGAUUGUGCCUGUCGGGGCCUAAACUCCAAA